AUGGACGGCAGGCCUGCCAACUAUAAACCAGCGUAUCGCCCGACAGUUGAGGAGCUGCUCAAGCGUAACAAGGAGUAUGUAGCCACUGUACAUAAGCCUUGGCCUGACUUGGGCGAGUUGCUGGAAUGGACUUCGCCGUCUACUAUUGUCAUUGCCUGUUCUGAUCCACGAUGCGACCCUCAGCAAUUUAUGCAAGGGAGAAGGGGUGAAAUUGCUGCAAUUAGAAAUCUAGGUGGUCAGGUCGAGAUCAGCAUCGUGGAUAUCGCUACUCUAGACAGCGAGUUCCAGUUCAAGGAGCUUGUGAUCGUUCACCACACAAAUUGUGGCGUCAUAAGUUUGACGGCAGAUGGAGUCUCUGAGUACUUGAAGGAGAAUCUCCCCAGCGCCACUAAAGAAGAGCUGGCAGCAUUUCCGAUUGCUCUUUUCUCAAAGUAG